AACGUUCUUCCUGAGUCAUCUUGGUCGCCGCCGCCAUUACUGAUUCAAGAUGCAGAUCUUCGUGCGUUCCGGUGCCACCCACGUGCUCGAUGUUGACGACCAACAGACUGUGGGACACGUACGAUCCUUCAUCAGCCAGGCUGAAGGUCUCCCAGAGGCUGAAGUGAGGCUGUAUGCUGCUGGUAACCCCCUGGACAACGAUGAGAUCCCAUUGGUCACACUACAAACUGAUGCCAUCGAUGUGAAUGUAGCACUCAAAGGAGGUAAGGUCCACGGCUCGUUGUCUCGUGCCGGCAAGGUCAAAGGUCAGACGCCUAAGGUGGAAAAGAAGGAGAAGAAGAAGUCGAAGACGGGCCGGGCCAAGCGCAGGAUCCAGUACAACCGUCGCUUUGUCAAUGUGGUGGCCACCUUCGGCAAGAAACGCGGACCCAACAGCAACUCCUAAAAUGCAACUCUAUUGCUAACACAAUUAAAAAAAAGUCCUCAA